AUGCCUAUACAACUGUCUUUUGAUAAAUCUAAAAAUGGCGAUCAUGCCUUGCUAUUCGCAAAUAAUCUGAAAAUUGCUCUUGCGAUUGAAUACUGCACAAAAGAUGUUGAGAUAUCAGUUAAUGAUGAUUUCAAGGAACCACAAUUGCUGAUUUCAGAUUCAGCACGUUUAUUCGAUGCCAAUUCUAUAUUGAGAUACGCAAAGAAUGAUUUUGAGGGUCUAAACUCAGCAGAGUCUCAUUACUCCCUAUCAUCUCUCGAAGUCAUUCUACACAAAAAGGACGUUCCCGAUCAGCACAUUGCCGAGUGUAUUUCCAAAUCUCUGGGAGUGUACUUGAAAUCCAUUGAAGAGCCAAUUAGCGCUACGAAAUUAAUCAUCUUUGCCAACACAUAUGCAUUAAAUCCCCAACAUGUCAAAGAGCAUUUUCCAAACCUGCCUGAAAAAGUUGUGAAAGCUUUAUUGGUAGCCGAAAAGAUUACGCCACGUAAUCUGGCAGCUGUUAAGAAAACUGGGGCAGUUCGCAUUGCUGAAGGCCAUGGAAUCAAACCACAAGAAGAAAGCAUAUUACCAAAGGAUAAUGAACGCAAUAUAUUGAUUACAUCAGCCUUACCAUAUGUUAAUAAUGUUCCUCAUUUAGGUAACAUUGUUGGUAGUGUUUUAUCUGCGGAUAUUUUUGCUCGUUAUUGUAAGGCCAGAAAUUACAAUUCUCUAUUUAUCUGUGGAACUGAUGAAUACGGUACGGCAACUGAGACUAAAGCCCUAGAGGAAGGUGUUUCGCCCCGUGAAUUAUGUGAUAAGUACCACGCAAUCCAUAGAGACGUUUACAAAUGGUUCCAGAUCGGCUUCGAUUACUUUGGUAGAACUACGACGAAUCAACAAACAGAGAUUGCCCAAGACAUCUUUCUUAAAUUAAAUAAGAAUAAUCUCUUGGAAGAACAAACCAUGAAGCAGUUGUUUUGCCCAGUUCAUAAAGGCUUUUUGGCUGACAGAUACGUUGAGGGUACAUGUCCUAAGUGUGGUUAUGAGGAUGCUCGUGGUGAUCAAUGUGAUAAAUGCGGUGCUCUACUAGAUCCGUUUGAAUUGAUUAACCCACGUUGUAAAUUAGAUAAUGGUGUUCCCGAAAUUAGAUACUCUGAUCAUAUUUUUUUGUCUUUAGAUAAACUGGAAAAGAGAAUUUCCGACUGGGUGGAAAAGUCAUCCACUGAAGGUAACUGGUCAAAGAAUUCAAAAACAAUCACGCAAUCAUGGUUGAAGGACGGUUUGAAACCUCGUUGUAUUACAAGAGAUUUGGUCUGGGGUACUCCAGUGCCAUUAGAGAAGUUUAAUAAAAAGGUUUUAUAUGUCUGGUUCGAUGCCCCAAUUGGUUAUGUUUCCAUUACUGCCAACUAUCUCAAGGACUGGGAAAAAUGGUGGAAGAAUCCAGACAACGUAAAACUCUAUCAAUUUAUGGGCAAAGAUAAUGUCCCAUUCCAUACCGUCAUCUUUCCGGGAUCUCAACUAGGUACCGGUGAUAAGUGGACUUUGUUGCAUCAUUUGAAUACGACGGAGUAUCUGCAAUACGAAGGUGGAAAAUUUUCUAAGAGUAGGGGUAUAGGUGUUUUUGGUAAUAAUGCACAAGAAUCUGGUGUUUCCGCCAGUGUAUGGAGAUACUAUUUGGCAUCUGUAAGACCUGAAUCAAGCGACUCACAUUUCUCUUGGGAUGACUUUGUCGCUAGAAAUAAUGGGGAAUUACUAGCCAACUUGGGAAAUUUCGUUAACAGACUGAUUAAAUUCGUAAAUGCAAAGUACAAUGGUAUAGUUCCUGUGUAUGAUGAGAAGAACUUAUCUGGUUUUGCUUCCUUGAAACAGAAUGUGGAUGAAAUUUUGAAAAGCUACAUUAACGAAAUGGAACAGGCACAUGAAAGGCGUGGUCUUGAACUUGCUAUGUCAUUAAGUGCCCGUGGUAAUCAAUUUUUGCAAGAGAACAAGCUGGACAAUAGUUUAUUUUCCGAGUUUCCUGCCAAGGCAGAUGCUGUUGUGGGUGUUGGUCUGAACUUAAUCUACGUUGUCGCUUCUCUGAUUGGCCCAUAUAUGCCAGAAACCACUGAGAAGAUAUAUAAAAUGUUGAAUGCACCUGCAAUUAGAAUCGAGGAUGAAUUCGAGUUGAUAAUUUUGGGCGGUCACAACAUUAACAAAGCUGAAUACUUGUUUCAACGUAUCGAUGAGAAACAGAUUGAAGAGUGGAGAGCAAAAUACGGUGGCAAGCAAGUUUAA